AUCCAACAUUUGGAUUCGUAUAUUUUAACUGAUCGUUUCUAUUGAAUAAGCCAAAAAAGAAAUAUGAAGAAAUUUAUUUUGUUAAUGUGUCUAGUUCUACUUGCCGCUUAUCAGAUCGAAGCAGUUUGUGAUGAUGACUAUGAUAAGAUCUGUGGACAGCGUUCUAUGGGAACUUUCCCUUAUGAUUGUGAUAAAUCCUGCACCAAAUUCAUAAUAUGUUUUAAUAUGAACGAUAAACCUAAGGGAUUAUUAAAACUUUGCCCGAGCGGACAAUACUACGACAGUUCGCAUAGAAUAUGCACUGAUCACAAACCAGACUACUGUUCUUAAAUUUCAACAGCCAUUGUUGCAGUCGAUCAACUCUAAUAAGCAAUACAAUCCAAAGGUCUCGUCUUUUGACACUUUUGGGUAGCGGCAUUAAAGUAACCAUCACAAUAAUAAACCCAACCCAAAUAUUGUCCCGAUAAAAGAUAACAGUAGACAUAUCUGAAAUAAAAAAGUUAAAAAUAAAAAAAUAUUUAUAAAAAUUUA